AUGGCGAACACAAGCACGACGCUACGGGGCAAUUGCCCUCUGCCUUUCUACCAAGAAGACCGCUUUGGCGAUGGUGGAUAUACCACUGGUCGACUAUGCAAGUCGCUUGGGCAAAUGCGAUGUUGCCUGCCAUGCCCCAUGACCGAUUGGGCAUACCCAGACAAUUUCAGCCAACUCACCUCCAUAGCCAGCUGGAUCAACGUUGUGGGCAUGAUUUGCUGUCUUUUCCUACUAAUAUCGUGGAUCGUCCUGCCCGUGGAAAAGACCCAUCGACACUAUUUGAGUAUCUGCUUGACGGUUGCGGUUGUUCUAAUGAAUCUCGGUUUCAUCAUCCCGUUGGCUGGGAAACCUGACCAAUGUUACGAUGAGAUCACCCCCAAUGGAAUGGCUUCCAGUCCUAUAUGCGCCGCCUCUGGAUCAUUCCUUCUUCUUGGUGGAUGGGGAGGUGUCAUGUGGAUCUUUUUGAGAGCACUGUCUUUGCAUCUCCAGAUCUGCUGGCAAAUGGUUGUUGGCCGCAGUUUCAUGUGGCUGUCGCAAGCGCUUGGAUGGGGUAUUCCUGUCAUUGGGCUAACCGUCCUCCUCAUCUUCAGUGGUGUGUCGUUCCGAUUUGGGCAGACAUGUCACAUCAAUCACCAGAACAGCUUGGCCGACUUCUGGAUUCCGCUCUUGGUGUUUGCUGGCCUGACGGUCAUUAUCCAGUUUGCAACGUUCGGCUACUGCAUUAAAGUCUACCUCGCAUCCUUGGCCGACAGCACUGCCUCAACCGAGAACUCGGGCCUGCCUGCGUACUCCAGCAGCAUACGAACAAUGACGCCUCGUCAAGCUUACCGGAGAGUUCGCCGUGUGAUACAGCUCCAGUGGCGUGGAAUCGUCAUUGUGCUGAUUAUUAUCUGCGAUGUCAUCUUCUUCGCCGUUACUUUCGUCUUCUUGGACAACACGCUCGAGACCGUCAAGAAUGACCCCAACAACGCGAAAGCCCAGGCUUGGAUUAUUUGCCUUUAUGGCGCACGUGGCGACAAGAACAAGUGCCUGAAAGAGGCCAGCGCCAUCACUGUCAGUUUACCAACAGUAAUUGCGAUGCUUAUUUUACUUGCAGUAAGUCCUAUUCUCGAAGAGGGGCGAGGUGAGGGCGUACUAACUCAGCUGAAGAUGAAUGGCAUCUGGCUCCUUAUCCUCCUUGGACGUUGGUCCAUGGUCGACGGCUGGAAGGAGUACUUGCUCGGAUUCGGCGGCAACCGCACCAAGAAGGAAUUCGUGUCGGUAGACGCACGUUUGGACUUGAAGAAGGACCCCAGAUCUUAUGAAAUGUUGUCUCGCGACUCCGGAAAAGCGGAAUCCAUACUAACGCCGAUUAGCGCAACCAAAUCCCCCGUCAGCCCACGCAGUGGUCGUCAGACUCCCGAUUACUUCGGACCAGCCGCCACGCGCUACCAGCCGCAUUCGCGAUCCUUUUCUUCACCUCGGCCGCCUCAGUCUCAACAAGUAACGUGGGAGACACAGCCAGCAUUUACGCCACCGCCGCAGACCUUCACCCCUCAGCCGCAAUCUCGCCGUAUGGCAGAUGGCUCAGACUAUGAAGACAUGAACCCGUUGGGCAUGAACAGGAUAUGA